AUACAGAGGACGACGUCACGGGAUUCUCAUCUUCAGCCACUACGACCAACCAGGAGACUGUUCCGAAGACCCCUCUGUGGGUCGGGAUGCCGGCAUGGUACGUUGCAGCCUGCCGCGCAAAUGUCAAGUCAGGUGCUAUAAUGGCUGCGCUGUCGGAACAGGAGAUCCAGCGUGAGAUCGGGAUCAGUAAUCCCCUCCACCGACUGAAAUUGCGUCUAGCCAUCCAGGAGAUGGUUGCUCUCACUGCACCAACGCCUACACCCCGACCGAACACCAGGUUUAUAGAAGUGUCUCCAGUACUUUUCAUGCAUGUUUUUGUUUACAUUGCUAGCCGGUUGGCUUUUGGGGAGAUGGACCACGAAUGGAUCGGCAACGUCUGGCUGCCCGGUCUUGGCCUCGGCCAAUACCGUCCGGCUUUCAUGGAGUGUCUGGUGGAUGCGCGCAUGCUGGACCAUCUGACGAAGCGGGAUCUGCGUACGCACUUGAAGAUGGUGGACGCUAUGCACAGAACAAGCCUCCUCUACGGGAUAGUUUGUCUCAAACGCCUCAACUAUGAUCGUUUGGAGUUGGAACGGAGGCAACGAGAGUGCGUCCACCGCGAUAACAUCGAUCUUCUUGUUUGGACUUGUGAACGCGUACAAGCCUGGCUAGAUCAGAUUGGUCUUCGUGAGUACGCCGGCCAUCUUGUCGGCUCCGGCAUCCACGGCGGUCUGAUUGGUCUUCAUGCUGAUCUCGAUGCCACUCAGCUGGCCCUGGUCCUCCAAAUCCCCACUUCCGCCACCAGCGCCCGCAAUACCCUCGUCCGUGAAUUGGAUAAGCUGGUUCAACGGUUCCGGGCCAGUGCACCACCCGCG